AACACACACGCACGCACGCACGCACAGAUACCAGUCACUUAGCUGCCAUGCGCCACCCCUGUACCAGUGACGGUGCGAGGUUUUUGGGACAGAUCGAUCGGCGGCGAUAAUGGUGCUUGGAUGUUCGGGUGAAAAUGCAAUCUACAGGUAUCGCACGCCACCUGCGCAUCAUAUAUUGCAGCGCUCCUGAUUGAUAUGGCCAUUUCAAGAUUCUUGUCAUUUGGCAAUGUUAGGUGGGUUGCACAGCCCCUUCUUCCACUGCCACAGAACAUUUGUUCAGAAAUAAACAAUAAUGGCACAUCAUUUGCCUUUGCUCUCCGUUACUUCGUGUACAGAUUGUAUUCACAAUACAAAUUUUCUAACGGAGGACCUGCUUCACAUACUUUAUGGGAAGCAAAGGAGAGCUUGUUGAAAAUUAGAGGGUCUAAGAAUAUAUAUGUCCUAGCUGCAAGUAAUAAAAUUUCACACCACGCUCAAAUUGCCUGGAAAAGGCUUUCUCAGAUUUGUUCAUACAAUGGACCUGUUCUACCACCAAUAAGUAGGUUUGCUUGUGCAGUGAGCAUUGCAAUGACUCGAUCGCAGCUGCUAGCUCCUGGUAUUUUUGCCUUUGUCAUUGGGGAGCUAGCUGUGACACGAAGAACAUGGGCAGAAGCAGAAGGCUUACCAAUGGGGAAUACUCUGUACAUGAAUGCACAAGACGGGCAUGUUUUCUUGACUUCUUUUGUGUUCUCACUUUUUGAGGGUUUGAUAUUGUUUCUCAGAGCUAUAUAUCUUGCAAUUUUAUUCUCACCCUGCAUAGCCAUGGCUCCUUUCGCCGAUUCCUUUGGCGUUGAGUUUAGGAAGGCAUGGCUUAAUGUUGUUCAUCGUACAUUCGAAAAGGCUGGCCCGGCGUUUAUUAAAUGGGGUCAGUGGGCAGCGACAAGGCCAGAUCUCUUUCCCAGUGAUCUGUGCUCUGAGCUCGCCAAACUUCACUCAAAAGCACCAUCCCAUGGGUAUGCCUAUACGAGACGAAGUAUUGAAAAGGCAUUUGGCCGCAAGUUACAUGAGAUUUUUGAAUAUUUUGAAGAGGAGCCUGUAGCAUCUGGGAGUGUUGCCCAAGUUCAUCGAGCUACUUUAAAAUUUAGAUAUCCCGGGCAGAAGAUUAAUCCGAUUCUUGUUGCUGUCAAGGUUAGACAUCCAGGUGUUGGUGAAGCUAUUAGACGGGAUUUUGUAUUAAUAAAUCUGUUUGCCAAAGUUUCGAAGUUCAUCUCCACAUUGAAAUGGUUGAGACUUGAUGAAAGCAUACAACAGUUUGCUGUGUUCAUGAUGUCUCAAGUUGAUCUCGCUAGAGAGGCAGCAAACCUGAGCCGUUUUAUCUACAAUUUCCGUCGAUGGAAGGAUGUCUCAUUUCCAAAACCUCUAUAUCCCUUGGUGCAUCCUGCUGUUUUAGUGGAAAGUUAUGAGCAUGGUGAAAGUAUUUUACACUAUGUUGAUGAGCUUGAGGGACACGAGUACAUCAAAAGUGCCCUUGCUCACAUUGGGACUCACGCUCUUCUAAAGAUGCUUCUGGUUGACAAUUUUAUCCAUGCAGACAUGCAUCCAGGAAAUAUUCUUGUUAGAGUAUCUCAGAAAAAUGGUUCACAUAAAGGGCUGUUUAAGUCCAGGCCUCAUGUCAUUUUCCUUGAUGUAGGCAUGACUGCUGAACUUUCUAAGAAGGAUCGAGUCAAUCUAGUUGAGUUCUUUAAGGCUGUGGCACUUCGAGACGGUCGCACUGCAGCAGAGUGCACACUAAGGCUAUCAAAACAACAAAACUGCCCAAACCCAGAGGCUUUCAUUGAGGAAGUAGAAAAGACUUUUAACUUAUGGGGUUCUGGAGAAGGUGAUUUCGUUCAUGCUGCUGAGUGCAUGCAACAAAUGCUUGAGCAAGUUAGGCGUCAUAGAGUAAACAUUGAUGGCAAUGUUUGCACUGUGAUGGUAACCACUUUGGUGUUGGAGGGGUGGCAGCGGAAACUAGAUCCAGAGUAUGAUGUAUUGCACACACUGCAAACAUUGCUGUUCAAAGUUGACUUGGCUGAGUCUCUCUCCUAUACAAUCGAAGGACUCAUGGCCCCAUGAAGGUGCCCUACCUAUGUAUUCUUUCUCAAACAAUUUUGACAAAGUAGUUUUUAGAACAAGAAAAAAAAAAUCAAACUUACUGUUCUGAAAAAUAAGGAUGCACAUAGCAGUCCUGAGAGAAAAGAGUGGCCUCUCCUUUCAAACUCGUCAUUCUUUCCUAAGGUGCUUCCGCAAAAAGGUGCCAAUUUUCAGUUUUUUUAUUUGUUACUUUUUCUUAGUUAUUAUAAACUGUUGGCUUUAUCCUCGGUGUUGCUGCAUAAUGUAUUAUAUAAGAUAAAAGAUCAACUUAAUGAAAUAGUGGGUAUUCUUCUCCUUCCAGAAUGUUGUUGGCCUGUUUGCUUUAACUCAUGUAUAUGUAACCCAAGGGUAACUCUAAGAGAUAACAAUGAUGAGCUGUAAAUCUAGAUGUUCCGAAUUUAAAUCUUGACAAUUU